AUGGCCUUCACCCAGCUCCUCUUCGCAUCGACACUUGUCGGCGCCGCCUUUGCCGGUCCUAAGACUUGCUCAAGCGAUGUCCCCCUCUCCUGCCACAACACCACGGCCGUCGAGGACACCUGCUGCUUCAUCCCCUCCGGCCAGCUCCUCCUGACCCAAUUCUGGGACACCAACCCUGCCACCGGGCCUGAUGACUCCUGGACCAUCCACGGCCUGUGGCCCGACAACUGCGACGGCACCUACCCCGCCAACUGCGACUCCAGCCGCAAGUACACCAACAUCUCCGACAUCCUGACCGCGGGCGGCGGCGACGCCACCCUCACCUACAUGGAGACCUACUGGAAGGACUACAAGGGCGACGACGAGACCUUCUGGGAGCACGAGUGGGCCAAGCACGGCACCUGCGUGAGCACCCUCGACCCGGACUGCUACGCCGACUACCAGCCCACCGAGGAAGCCGUCGCCUACUUCGCCAAGGCCGUCGAGCUGUUCAAGACGCUCCCCACGCACGAGUGGCUGUCGGACGCGGGCAUCACGCCCUCGUCGUCCAAGAAGUAUGCAUUGAGCGACGUCCAGGCCGCGCUGGAGAAGGGCCACGGCAAGCCCGUCACGGUCAGCUGCGACGGCAAGGCGCUCAACGAGGUGUGGUACCACUACAAUGUGAAGGGGUCGCUGCAGUCGGGCGAGUUUGUCGCUGCCGAGCCGGAUGGGACCAAAGGGAGCUGCCCGUCGUCUGUUAGUUACCUGCCCAAGAGCGGUAGCAAGUAG